GUCCUUUUGAGAGAAUCCCUGGAAAAAGCCCAGGAGGAAUCAGAGAGGAUCAAGCAGGCGAUGCAGGAGCUGGAGGAGCAAACGUGCAGCAUCAAGGACUCCUCCGAGGGGCUCAAAUCAGUGAUUCUGAGCAAAUUCACCCUCCUGAGGAAAGCCCUGGAGGAUUUCCAGUGGCAGACAGUGGCCAGUAUCGAGCAAGAGCAGGCGGCAGCGCUGGGACGCAUGGAGGAGAAAUGGAGUCUCCAGAAGGACCGCCUGGACGUCCUCAGCCAGCACAGGGAGAGGGCUAAGUGCCUGCUGGCCUGUCCCGACCACAGGACCUUCCUUCAGGAGUUCCCCCUGCUCCCGUCUCCAGAGAGCCCGGAGGCGCUGCUCCCUGUGGAGUUUGAUGUGGCUGGUGUGGUCAAACCCAUCGAUGAGAUCCUCACCACCGUCUCCAGGCUCCUGCUGGAGGACCUGCCUGGCUCUGUGGCCCCCAAAGCCCCCAGUCCUACUGGCCAAGGCCUGGUGCAUCCCCAGGAGCCGGCGGUGAAGGUGGUGGCCCCUCUCCCCGCGUGCCAGCUCCGAGCUGAGCUUCUGAAGGACCACCGCAAUCUGACCUUCGAGCCCAAGACGGCGAACAAGUACCUGGAGCUGUCAAAAGGGAACCGGAAAGCCAAGCACAGCCCCAGCGCUGUCUGCGGGUGGCAGGAGCAGGGACCCCGCUUCGAGCCCUGGCAGGUGCUGUGCGAGCAGGGCUACGGCCACGGCCACCACUACUGGGAGGUGAAGAUCUCCAGCCACUCCGUCAUCCUGGGGGUGACCUAUCAUGGUCUCCCCCAGGCGUGGCCGCAGGGCCACAAGUUCAACAUCGGGCUGGACGGGGGCUCGUGGGGGCUGCAGGUGCGGGAGGAUUGCUACCUGGCCUGGCACAAGGGCCGGCCGGAGAAAAUCCAGGAGCAGCUGUAUAAGAACCUGGGAGUCCGCCUGGAUUACGGCAAGGGGCUCCUCUCCUUCUACGGCCUCGGGGAGAGGACGCAGCUCAUCCACUCCUUCCACAGUGUCUUCACCAAGCCCCUCUAUCCCGUCUUUUGGCUGU